AUGACGGAUGCGGCAAGGUCAGAGUACCCUGAGUAUUUGGAGCUGCGACAGUACUUGGGCAAUUUCUCAACACAUCGGAACCUGCCGUGCUUUACUAUUUCCAGAACUGCGUUCGGCGAGGAUAUUGGCCGGCCCCUUCCCAGGACGAAAUCAUCAGCAGACCACUUGGCGCCUGGCCACUAUCCCGUUGAUCGAGACUUCCCGACUAAACGCAGAUAUGAGGAGGUUCCCACUGGAUGGCUGACGAGGAGUGCUCGUGUCAAGCAUGUCUUCAUGCCCUAUGAGGAUCGCAGUCAAGCCUUUCAGCGUCUCUUGCCGGGAGUAAAGAACCCGGGGGAAGCUUGUUUGCUCUGUGAUGAUGAGAUCAUUCGAGUUGUGUUAGUCG